AUGGCCAAUUUUUUGGCUAUACAUAUUAGUCCAGGAUUACUAUAUUCUGCGGCAGUAAUAUGGCCAAUUGUUUGUAUCGCCGUUGUGUGGGCUCGUUUUGCGAGAAGAACAGCCCAAAGAGUAAAAAUUGGCCCCGACGAUUGGUUGAUUUUACCAGGACUGGUGAGUGAGCAAUCUUAAUGCUAGCGACAAAAGCUAACAUAUAUUCUUGAAGCUUCUAGUUAUCGGAUUGACGGUGACGCUUCUCGCGGGAACCGCACAAAAGGCUCUGGGAUAUCCUACACUAAAGUUGGCACUGGGAACAGAGCUAACUGCUGUAAAUAAUUUGCAAACCAUAACGCGGAAGGUACUUUUCUUUUACGUAUAAUCAUAGUGACGAACUGACAGUCCUGAUAGGCUUAUUUUGCCAGUGUUCUUCUGAGUACUGCAGCAUUGACUUUCAUCAAACUGAGCUGCGUUUUUUUCUACUAACGUAUUUUCGCCAAAGGCGCCGAUAGAAUUGUGUCAACUCUCAUCUGGAUACUCAGUGCUCUAAUUCUCAUUUGGGGAAUUGGGAAUUUCUUCGCAUUAAUGUUUGCCUGCGGCACUAAUUUCUAUUAUUUCUGGACGAGUGUCGAGAAUCAGCUGAAAUGUCCGGCUGAUUUAGUCAAAAUUCAACAAUCCCUUGCUAUCUCAGAUGUGCUCAUGGAUAUCAUAAUCCUAUUGUUUCCCGUUCCACUGGUGAGUUAUCUGGGAUGAGCCGUUCUCUAAUAACCGGGUUACUGACAAAAGUAGGUUUUGAAGUUGCAAUUGUCUAGAUCAAACAAAUUCGCUGUUAUGGUUAUAUUCUUUCUAGGAGCCAUGUCAGUCAUACAGAUAUGUAGAGCUGAUAGCAAAGACUAACCUAAUAUAGCUCCUUUAUCGCUUCCGUUGUGCGUCUUGUAAUCAUUUUACAAGGCUUGGAUGGUAUGUCGUUUGGUCCUAGAAAAUCCUUCAAUUAGACUCUACUGACUAACUCAAUACAGCUCAGUUUGCAGCAUCGGCAGAUCAGGAUUGUAAGUCAAGUCUGUUUCGAACAAAUGCAGACUAGCAACUCAUAUUUUCAACUAGUCGUUACAACAACCGCUCUCUAUUUUCUAUACAACGAAGCUUGUUUUGCUCUUACUGCCGUCUGCCUCCCCUCUCUGUCAGGAGCGAUCAAAGUCAAAGGCGUACAAACCAUGGUGGAAGGAUUUAAUGAGGCAUCUUCCAAUAUUUCUCGGAGUUCGAUCGAAUCUCGAAAAGUCAAUAGAGAACUUGCCGUCGCCGAGAAUCACGGGAGUGGACGACGUUCAGACGGCGAUAUAGACAUCGAGUUGGCUCAUUACCCUCCUCCUAAGCCCAAAAAUAAGGGAACCACAGCAACAAAUGAACUUAACGGGCCGUUUACAUCAGCUUGA